CUCCCCCCUUCCCUAUCCCUCCUCACCGUUCCCCCAACCCCAGCCGCUAUUCCAAUCCGCCCGAACUCCCCCCCCCCCCCCCCGAUCUCGUAAGAGUCCGGGCGAUUGAUUCCUCCCGCGAUCCCUGCGUCGGCCCGAUCGAUCUGUUUGGCCGCCGUGUGUUCCCAGGUAGGCCGGUUGCCGCGCCGCGCGCGAUCGAGGGAGGAGGGAGAAGCGAUGGCGAGUAGCGCGUUCAGGCUGGAGCACCCACUCGAAAGGAGGCAGGCUGAGGCCAACCGCAUUAGGGAGAAGUACCCUGAUAGAAUCCCUGUCAUUGUUGAGAAGGCUGAGAGGAGUGACAUCCCAGACAUUGACAAGAAAAAGUCAGUUCUCACCCACUUUAGGAACAAUUCGACUGCAUUUUUAUUUCUAACUGUACCUUGUUCCCGCCGAUAUCACUGUUGGGCAGUUUGUCUAUGUCGUACGGAAGCGUAUCAAGCUCAGUGCGGAGAAGGCAAUCUUCAUCUUCGUAAAGAACACCCUUCCACCGACAGCUGCUCUGAUGUCUGCAAUCUACGAGGAAAACAAGGAUGAGGACGGCUUCCUCUACAUGACGUACAGUGGCGAGAACACCUUCGGCCUGUACUAAGUGGCGCGAUCACCAUUGGACAAUGCCUCCUGUAAAUAGGCUUCUCAAAAAUCUGUGUAUAUAAUCCCAUUUACCCCGUCGCAAGCAACUCGUUGCAUUCCACUGUCAAAUACCUUGGAGCAUACGAUGCUCGACACAUCUAAGUAACCCUCUGGUUACGCUGGUCCUUAUGCUUCAGAAAUUCCAUUACUAAAGUGUUCACCCUGAAGUUACUGUUAUCACAAAGUGGCUCCAGGUUUCUCUGGUUCUACCCAUUUAAGUUUGUUG